AUGUGCGACAGGGCGUCUCCGCUCCUGGAUGUCGGCCUCGUCGCUUACGAGAGCGAGAACGAUCCCUACGUCCGGAGCCGCGGCCGGUCCGACUUCCUACCCAGCGCAACUCCGCUCGAGACGCGCAGCUUUGCAGACAUGCGGCGACAUGCGGCCUACCGCUUCCUGCUACAGCUCGACGGCCACAGCUGCUCGUACCGAUUGCAGUCGCUUCUCGCGACAGGGUCGCUCGUUCUCAAGCAAGACUCCUACUACCACGAGUACUACUACUCUGCGCUUCAGCCUGGCGUGCAUUACAUCCCCUUUUGGAACUCGUCGCCGCUGGACAUUCUGCCGGCACAUGCAGCGGGCGUGCCUCAGCUGGAGACGAUGAGAAAGGCACACGCGAGGCAUUGCUACUGGCGCGCCCUGCUCCGGGCUUACGCGAAGCGGCUGAGGUAUGUCCCACAGCCGCAUGAGAGGUGGCCCGCCGCGGUGCCGCUGCCUCCGCUGCCUCGACGCGAGCGCGCCAUCGACUGGAGCCGCGUGAGCCACGAGUGGCGCCGGCGUGACGACGCGUCACUCGAGCGCUUUGAUGAGGAGCUCGAGCGCGAGCUGGCGGCACUGCUCGCUGAUGGGAGGCGCCUGGAGUCGGAAGCGGAGAGGCGGUCGCCGCAGGCGCCUCCAAUUAAGCACCACCCGGGCGUGAAAGCUGCGGCUGCUCAUCUUGGCGAACACCCGGCUGAGGCCGCCUAA